GCGCUCCAGGCUGAUGAUGUCAUCCCUGGUGUCCUGCCCGUCUCCUUCGAGCCCAAGACCCUGCUUAAUGUCAAGUGGGGCGAGCAUGCUGUCGACUUUGGCAAUCUGUUCAACCCGCCCAACGAGACCGCCCAGGCUCCCACUGUUGCCUGGGAUGCCGACCCCGCCAAAUUCUACACCCUAGCCCUGGUCGACCCCGACGCUCCGUCGCGCGCCAACCCGAUCCGCGCCCUGAUGCGCCACUGGCUGGUUGUCAACAUCCCGGGUAGCAACGUUGCUGCUGGCAACUCGACUGGCACUCCCUACCUGAACCCGAACCCGUUCCCUGGAUGCGGCCGCAAGCGCUUUGUGUGGGUUCUGGCCGAGCAGGCCAAGGAGCUCCCCGAGCUUACUGCCCCCGCAACUCGCCCCAAGUUCGACCUCGAGGGCUACCUUGCUAGCAACGAUAUGACCUUGAUUGGUGCCAACUACUUCCAG